AUGGUGCGCGGGGCGCCCGGCGCGUCCCUGACCCUGCUGCUCUGGGUAACGGCCGCCUGCGGCAGCCCCGCCGCGCCGGCGGUUGGCGCGACCGCCGCUGCCCGCAAGCAGGACGAGGCUUUCUCGGCGGCCAGAUGCGCUUCCAGGUGCCUGAGCCUGCAGAUCACCCGCAUCUCCGCCUUCUUCAAGCAUUUCCAGAACAACGGGUCACUUGCUUGGUGCCAGAAUCAUAAACAGUGUUCAAAGUGCCUGGAGCCCUGCAAAGAAUCUUGGGACUUGAAGAAAAACCACUGCCAAAGUUUCUGUGAGCCUCUUUUCCCCAAGAAGAAUUAUGAAUGCCUAACUAGCUGUGAAUUCCUUAAGUACAUCCUGUCUGUGAAGCAAGGGGACUGCCCAGCACCUGAGAAGGCCAGUGGUUUUGCAGCUGCCUGUGUUGAAAGCUGUGAAGCUGAUAGUGAAUGUUCUGGAGUGAAGAAAUGCUGUUCCAAUGGAUGUGGACAUACGUGCCAAGUUCCAAAAAAUCUGUACAAAGGUGUUCCACUGAAACCCCGGAAAGAGUUAAAAUUUGUAGAACUUCAAUCUGGAGACCUGGAGGUGAAGUGGUCUUCAAAAUUCAAUAUUUCCAUUGAGCCUGUGAUCUAUGUUGUUCAGAGGAGAUGGAAUCAAGGAAUCCAUCCUAGUGAGGAUGAUGCUACUAGCUGGCAAACUGUGGCACAGACUACAGAUGAGCGGGUUCAGCUGUCGGACAUCAGGGCAAGCAGGUGGUACCAGUUCCGGGUGGCAGCUGUGAACGUGCAUGGGACGAGAGGCUUCACAGCACCCAGCAAGCACUUCCGCUCCUCAAAAGAUCCAUCUGCUCCACCAGCCCCAUCUAAUAUCAGAAUAGCCAAUAUCACUGCAAACAAUGAUGGAAGUGUGAAUGUAAUGAUUGCUUGGGAUCUUCCAGAAGAGCCUGAUAUCCCAGUGCACCACUACAAAGUCUUCUGGAGCUGGACAUACAGCAAAUAUGUGAUCCCAGCUAAAAAAAAGAGAAGGAAGAUUACUGAUGGGCCCCAAAAUUAUGUGGUCCUGGAGGGACUCCAACCCAACAGCAACUACAAUGUGGAACUGCAGGCAGUAACACGUUGGGGUCAGAUACGCCUAAAAAGUACUAAAGUUUCUCUUCAUUUUAGCACAACUCAGGAUACCAGGAAUAAUAAAGAGCAGAUCUCUUCUGUUGUGAAACCCCAGAAAGGACUGGUAGAUCCUUUCCCAACCUUUCAAAGAAGAAAAACCACUCGUUUUCUUAAAGUUGGAACUCCCUUCUAUCAGGACAAUCAACUUCAAGUCAAAGUCUACUGGAAGAAAACAGAUGCCAGUAUGAAUCAAUACCAAGUCCACUGGUUACUGGAGUCCUGUGCACGCAAUGACACCAAAGGACUUGGGAAAGUAACUGAGUUGACUUAUGAAAACUACAUAAUUCUGAAGGACCUGUCAUUUUCAUGCAAAUACAAAGUAACUGUUUUGCCUGCAAAACCUAAAGGUCGUUUUAAGGCUGAGAGUAUUUUCUUUAUCACCCCACCAUGCUCUGCAUUUAAAGAAAAAAACCACAAGCACAUUAAUUGUCCUGCUGAAGGAGUGCCAGUUCUACCCAAAGUGUUGGCCAAACCCGAGAAUCUGUCUGCGUCUUUCAUUGUUCAGGAAGGUAACAUCACUGGUCAUUUUUCCUGGAAGAUAUCUAAGGCAGUCCUUCAUCAGCCUAUGACAGGGUUUCAAGUCACAUGGGCAGAAGUAACCACAGAAAGCCGACAGAACAGCUUACCCAACAGCAUCAUUUCACAGUCGCAGAUACUGCCAGCAGAUCAUUAUGUACUGACUGUGCCCAAUCUGCGACCAUCAAUGCUGUACCGAUUAGAAGUUCAAGUGCUGACAACUGGUGGUGAAGGGCCAGCUACAAUAAAAUCAUUCCAAACACCUGAUCUUCCUCCAUUUUCACCCCACAGACCUCUUCUGAAGCAGCAUCAUCCACAUCAUUACAAGCCACCCCCAGAGAAAUAUUAGACUCUUUCAGGUGAUUACACAAAUAACUGAGAGAAAAACUGAGCUCCCACAUGAAAGUUAGAAAAAUGCACGUCUGUAGGAGCAAUGAAUCCAGUUUUCCAGGGGAAGUUAACAUCCUGUAAGAUCUAUAUCUACUUCUAUGUAGUUUAGCCAUUAAGAAUUGUGUUUGUACCAACAGCAGGAUGAAAUAUACAGCAAGUAUCAUUUCAAUACCACCACUAUACAACAAGCGGAAGAUCAUCCAACUCAACGCUUGCGAGAAAAUCAAAAGUGUGUUCGUCAUAAUGUUUUUGUAUUCCUAAGUUUAAAAUAGAUUGAAAGGGUGCAGUGUGUACAGCUUUUUAUCCUAUUGACUUUAAUGUUAAUAUUUGAGAGGUUGUCCUGUGAUGUAUACAUACUUUUGAACACUGGAGGCCAGAACAAGUGUAUUUAAAUUGAUAUCUUUAACUUAAAGCUCUGUGUUUUCACCAGUUUAAGCCCCAGUAUAUGUAGCUUUUUACUAUUAGAUGUUCAUAUGUUCAUAUGCCUGAAAUAAGGAUAUAAGUAAAAUAAGUAUCGGUAAUAAAAACCAUAAAUAAGUCAGUAUUUAAUACUUGCAGAAUCAUCACAAAGGAGAACAAUGAUACAUAUACCUAGACAAUGAUCUGUUCUGAAGCAUGGAGAUCUUAUAUUAAAAUAGUUAAUAGUUGAACUGUGUACAUGGUAGUUGUACCAUUGUAAAAAAAAAAAAAAAAAGAGAGAAAAGAAAAAAAGGCCAUUAGGCCAUUAACACCAAUUAACUUCUGCUAGAAAAUGUAAGAAUGACUUUGA